AUGACUGUAUUACAAAUUGAAAUAUAUGCUGUACGUUCAUUAAAACAUUGUGUAUUUGUUUUUCUUUUAAAAGGGGGGAAGUUCGGUACCGUGUUCAAAUGUCGAGAAAAAGCUACGAGUCUUAUGUUGGCUGCUAAGUUCGUCGGUAUUCUUCAUAAACAAGAUCGCCGAAAUGUGGAAAGAGAAGUAGAAAUAAUGUGUGAACUUCAACAUCCCAGAUUGAUACAACUCUACGACGCUUUUGAAGCGAACAAUUCAAUGUGCUUCAUUUUAGAACUGUAA